AUGGAGGAGAAGGUGGGCCUCUCUACGGGUCUUACCCUCGGGCCUGGCUCGCGUGGCCGAUUCAGUACGCGGUCGGCGAGGUCAAGCGGAGUUACCCCGUCCAGUGAUACGGCGGCAGUACUCGAUACAGCAGACGUUCAGGAAGGCAACAGACGAGGAAGCGCAGCACAAAACAGAGGCGUCGAAUGUGUUUUCCUACAUGGAUCCCUCCAUGCUCUACGGUGCUUCCAGUGCGGACAAAUCACCAACUGGGAUGACGACGGACCAGCCCGCCAGGAACGAGGCAAACGCGCCCUAGGCAUCGGAAAGCUUCGACCUGACAUCGUACUCUACGGCGAGGAGCAUCCAAGUGCUGACCUGAUCUCACCUAUUGUUCAGCACGACCUGUCUCUUGCCCCCGACAUGCUCUUAAUCCUGGGAACGAGCCUGAAGGUCCAUGGCCUCAAAGUCAUGGUCAGAGAAUUCGCCAAGGCGGUUCACAACAAGGGUGGGAAAGUGGUCUUCGUCAACUUCACCAAGCCCGCCGAGAGUACGUGGUCCGAUAUUAUCGACUACUGGGUGCAAUGGGAUUGCGAUGCCUGGGUGGACGAUCUGAAGGAAAGGAAGCCCAUCUUAUGGCUCCCACCAGGUUCUAAACUGAAAGUCGAAGGGAAGCCAACCGGCAAGAAGAAACAAGAGGUUACCGCUGAGCCGAAGCCCGAGAAGCCUAUGAAGACCGAGGAUUUGGAGAGGCUUGAGAAAGCUGAGAAGCCGGAAAAGCCGGAGAAACCCGAGCCCAAGAGGCCCAUGGCAAUACGCGACGACAAGGUGAACGGUGCCUACUUAGUUUGCAAAAUCUUGCGUAAUCUGGAGAGGAUUGGUGGUCGGGCAUCGAUGAGCCAGGCUGAUCUACAACGAAUCGUCGCCGCACCCGCGCCAAAACCCAAGAGGGUCAGGAAAUCAGCCCCUGCUGUAAUAGAGACUAAGCCAGCCACUGAAGUGUUGCCGACUACAAUAUUGGAGAACAAGCAGCCAAUUCUCAAAGAGACGAUCGACGUUCUUCACAGCAGCCCGCUGCCCAGUGCAGCUGUUGCCGCCGCAGUGAAAUCCAACCCUCGAACACGAAAGCGGAAGACCAUGUUUGGUGAAGACCCAGCUUCCGCACCACUGCAGCAGAAGCCAGCUAUUGAGAGUCAGCCAAAGCCUAAGCGCAAGAGAGUCAGUCAUCCAACUGAUAUGCAGGAAGACAAGGAGAACACUACCAGCUACUCGGUCAAGCCGCUCGUAAAGGCAUCCCGAAUUUCACUCCCCAGCUCGAAGGCGUUGGCUGGUUUGGCUUUACCGCCCCUCAGGAAUAUCAGCAAAUACCACAACUCGCCGUUAAGAGCUCCGCCUCCUUUCCCCGCAAGAGAGAAGGACUCGUUAAGCCCGACAGAGCAGCUGCUCAAGGAAGAAGAGGCUGCAAUUACCCUCUCUGUCCUAAGGGACGGUAGUGGUAUGAAGUGA